UUUUAAAUGCUUUGUCUUUUGUAAAUUACUGACCACACACACACACACACACACACACACACACGAAUAUGGCUUUAGGAAGAUCAGAAAAGGGGAUGAGAUUUACAAAAAAGGAGCCAUUGAGAAUGUUGGGAUAGAGCGCCAGAGAAGAGAGGCCCAUGAGGAGGAAGGCAGAGUUGGGUGGAUAAAUCAAAAGAAUAUUCCUAGGUUAAAGCAGACAGUUGUUUAACAUUACCUUCUGAUUUAACCGAUGUUACAAGAAAGGAUUGAAGAGGUAAAAAAAAUUAAAUAACUUUCCAAAAGCCUCUGGGGGCUUUGCCAAGAUAGCACGAGAAAGCAGGGGUGAGGGACAACUGCUGGAAGCCAAGGAGACAAGAAGACAACCUGGAAGUCAGGGCUGGAGUGGAAAUGAGAGCAGAGUGGGAGGGCCAGGCGGUGGCAGGCACAGCUUUUCUCUGGUGCGCGAUGUGGAUGAGGCAGAGGUUUGGCAGUUGGAAGAGAGAGGAAGUCACUGUAGAGUGCUGAGAAAAAGGUUUGCUGGGUUCAGAGAUCAAACGCCAGCUUUCAGAGUCAGUUCUGUCUCCCAGGGAAAUGCUGCUUUUGCCACUUCUGUUGCUUGCGGUUCUCAUCCCAGGUGGUGACAAUGAGCCAGCUUUCCAGGGGCCAACCACUUUCCACCUCAACCAGAUAUCGUCCUUUGCCAACAGCACCUGGGCACAAAACCAGGGCUCCGGCUGGCUGGGCGAUUUGCAGAUUCAUGGCUGGGACAGCGAGUCGGGUACUGCCAUUUUCCUGAAGCCUUGGUCCAAGGGCAACUUGAGUGACGAGGAGGUGACUGAGCUGGUGGAGAUCUUCCGAGUCUAUUUGAUCGGAUUCCUCCGGGUCAUACAGGAUCACGUCAGUGAAUUCCAGCUGACAUUUUAUCCAACUUCUCUAGACUUGUCUUCCACUGGACUCCAUAUCUCCACAAACUAUUGCAGCUCCUUCCUGUUUCCCGCACCCUUGUCUGAUAACGAUCCCCCUUUGGAACCAUCAUCUGAUCCCUUUGAGAUCCAGGGCACAGCAGGCUGCGAGCUGCGAGCCGGGGAGGCCACAGUCAGCUUCCUGCGGGGAGCGCUAGGGGGAAUGGACUUCAUGAGCCUCCAGAAUGGGACGUGUGUGCCUGCUGCGGAGGCCGGCAGCCGCGCCCAGUGGUUCUGCACACUUUACACGCAGUACCAGGGCAUCUCUGACAUCAUCGGGAAUCUCCUCUAUCACACCUGCCCCCGGUAUCUCUGGAGCGUCCUGGAAGCAGGGAAGGCAGAGCUGCAACGGCAAGUGAAGCCCGAGGCCUGGCUGUCCAGUGGCCCCCCUCCUGGCCCUGGCCGUCUGCUGCUGGUGUGCCACGUCUCAGGAUUCUACCCCAAACCUGUGUGGGUGAGGUGGAUGCGGGGGCAGCAGGAGCAGCCGGGCGCUCAGCAAGGGGACGUCCUGCCCAAUGCUGACGGGACGUGGUAUCUCCGAGUGACACUGGACGUGGCGGCUGGGGAGGCAGCUGGCCUGACCUGCCGAGUGAGACACAGCAGCCUUGGAGGCCAGGACAUCCUCCUCUACUGGGGAAAUUCUACCUCCCUCACUGUGAUACUGUUGGCAGUGAUACUGCCCACCUUGAUUCUUUUGAUAUGUCUUGCUUUAUGGUUUUGGAGGCGCUGGUCAUAUCAGAAUAUCCCAUGAGAUGUUAUCAUGUCUCCUUGUACCAUUUGGAAUAAGGACUCAGACGACAAGAAGCUCAAGUUGUCAGCCCAGCAGUCAACCUCAUCAUCUUUAAUCAAAGAAUUAUCAUAUUUGCCGAAACCGGUUUGGCU